AUCCAGCAGGAGCAGCCCAAGCUCAAUAAGCCCAUAGAGAUCACGUGCCAUCGGCGUGACCCGGGCGACAAAAACCCUAAUACAUACGCUGCUCUGCGUCUCGCUUCCUAGUCUCAGAGCUUCACCGCCGCACCCGAGAACUUGUCCUCCGCCGAUUGAAAUUCGGAGCCAUCUCGUUCUGCCAAAAUGUCGACCGGAGAAAUUGCCUGCACCUACGCCUCCUUGAUUCUCUACGACGACGGCAUCCCCAUCACCGCGGAGAAGAUCGCUGCUUUGGUUAAGGCUGCAAAUGUCCAGGUGGAGUCUUACUGGCCGAGCCUCUUCGCCAAGCUCGCUGAGAAGAGGAACAUCGAGGACCUCGUCAUGAACGUUGGCUCUGGUGGAGGUGCUGCCCCAGUCGCCGCAGCUGCUCCGGCAGCUGGUGGUGCCGCCGCAGCAGCCGCUCCUGCAGCCGAGGAGAAGAAGGAGGAACCAAAGGAGGAGAGUGAUGAUGACAUGGGAUUCAGCUUGUUCGAUUAGAAAGUCCUUUAUGUCGUGAUAUCUUCUUCCUUUGUGGCCAAGUGGCCUUGUCGUGUUUUGUCAGAGCUUAUUAUUUAUAGCGGUGAACUUAAAAUAGUCUUACAUGGAAUGAUGUCUCUACUUUACCAAGUUGUUCUCAACGGAUAAGUUGGUUUUCUUUGUCAUUAAAUGUAUGAAGUUUGCAUCUUUUUUCUUGAA